GCGGGACGCGACGCGGGCAGCUGAUGACCGAAUCAAGCUCGCUGUGCAACAAGAUUCAAGAGCAAAGCGAAUUUCGACGGAGAAAGAGGACCGUGCUGCAAGCUUCCAAGCAGCUUGGGAUGCCAUGGAGCAUCAAUACAUCCACGAGCAGUCCAUGGCAACACGCCGCUGGUUGGACUCACGCAUAUCGAAAAAUCACGUUCUGAAGGAGUUCAAACGAUUAAAGCGAGAAUUUUAUCGGCCACCGACUCCGAGAAGCAUUGGCCGCGAAGUCAAGCUUAAAUCCCUUUCGUCUAUUGUGCUCAUUAAAAUGGAAGCAGUACUAUUCCAAAAAGGGAUUGUCAUGGAGCAUUUCAUUCGACAAUACGAUGAAGAUUCAAGUGGAUUUCUAUCUCAUAACGAGUUUAGGGCGCUUGUUGGAGAUCUACCGAUCGAUUUGUCUCCUGAACAAGUUCGUCUUGUGAUAAGUACAUUAGACAGUGACCAAGAUGGAUACGUCGGGCUGAAAGAAUUGGAGAAGGCCUUAGAUGUCGUCCAUCAAUUCAACGGGCUGUCCGCGUCACCAUGGCGAAUGUAUAUUGACCCUGCACAAGAUGUAAUUUGCUAUCACAAUAUUGCAACAGAUCGGCUUGUAUUUGAGCAUCGCAUGAAUGAUAAGAUAUUGUUAGAAAUAACAAAGUCAAAUUUCCUUGCUGAGACGAAGUUGGAAGCCAUCAACCAUAUCCGCCGGCAGCGGGCCCUGAAGCAUCUCUCACCAGGCCUGGAGAUGUGUUCAAGAGGAUUGUGCAAGCAGGGUCCUGGCACGAAUGUAUCAACAAUUCAAGUCCAAGAGGGAGCUUGGUCGAUUGAUGUGGAAGAUUCAAGCCCGUCGUCAAAGGCAAGAUAUGAAUCAACACAGCUUGCUGUCCGUCAAGCUUCAAUGUUGGUGGCGGAGCAUACUUGCCCACAGGGUCUACUGCAUCAGAUUACGACACCACGUACUAUUGCAACCACAACACUGGUGAAU